UUUGGACACUUGAGAGAGGAGGGUCGGAAACUUUGGAGAGGAUAUGAAGGAGAGUGUCGCUACUCUCUCUAUAUUACAGAACUUAAGUCGGGGUGGGUUUGUGAAGGCACCUGGUGGCGCAAAGAUCAACCAGACAAAUGUGGAGCAUGGUUUUUGCCCUCCCUCCCGCAGGUCCUUCGAUACAUAUGGUGCUUCGCUUAUGUGACAGCGCAAAUAAUUUACUCAGUUAUAAAAACACUACAGCACCUGUAAAGCAAUAAAUAAGCAUGAGGUACAGAUUAAAUUAUGUAUCUCCUUUCUGAAAUCACCCACGAAUUUGUGUGUUGCGAAUGCAUUGAUUAAUUUCAGGACAUGAGAAGCUUUUGGCAAAAAUGCAGUCACCACAGCCAUUGUGACACAGAUGUAUGCAGCAAGUUAUGUGCAGACACUUGAGCACGCACAGUAAUUCAGCUCUCUAUGGGUGCAGCACAGGUUUUGUGUCAUUUGUAAAUGCCGAUACAGUAACAUUGUGUUUUGGUGUGGUUCAUUGUUUUCAGCUGCCAGCAGUCUGCACAGUGCUAACAGCAAUACAGACAUUUCCUCUAGACGGCUUACACCCAACAGCUUUUGGAGAAAGUUACAAUGAAUAUCCAGUCAUUAUAGCAGCUAACAUAAGCAGCAAACUGGGCUGGAAUUUGAAUGUGGAACCACUGGGAAAUCAAGAAAGGCCCAAAAUCCACACUUCUGCAGGCCUUACAAAAUUGCUGCCUAGAAAGGCAGCUAGGAGCGAGAGGUUUUCGUACAAUGAUGAUCCAGCCUGGAAAAUGUUACUCACAGACACAAACAGAUUUGUCGACGCCAUUCACAAGCAGCUGAAACCUACUGGCUCUACGAAUGAAAAGAUAUCUAAGUCAAACAUUCGCAUGUCAGAUAUUUCACUUGGGCUCAUUUUGAGCAAUAACCUGGCAAAUAGCUCUGACAUUUCGUUGCCAAAAAAAACCACACAUACAUCAAUAGCAAAAUUGUCAGGUGAAAAGGAGACACCUCAAUCUACUGCAAAAGGCAUGAAGCAAAAUUUACCUGCAGGCACUAAUGACCACACACAUGGCCAGAAGCGCACAAUGCCACAGGAUGAGUUGAAGCGUUUAGAGCUACCUGCAAGUCCCCUACAAUCAGGUGUUGGUAAUAAUGUAUUGGCCGUACGAGAACAACUGAGCCAGUUGAGGCAACAUGGUCGCAAAGUUGUAUUUCCAGAGCCAAUCGUCAGAAAUAAAAGUGCGCCACAUUCAUCAAGGGCCACCGCCACAUCACUGAAGAGGCAAAGACUGCUUCACAGAAGACAGAACAGAGUCAUAUCAACCACAACAAUGGCCCCUUCUGAGCCUUCACGGACAAACAAAACCCACAAAUUCACAACCACUUAUGCCUCAAAUCAUCUAACAAACAAUGCAACAGAGCGUGACAACAGCACUGGCACUACGUUGAAACAUGGAGGCUUCAACAACUCAAAGCCCAGAAGACUACGGCGUAGAAAAAAACGGCCAAAGCUAAACCUUUUCAAACCAAGACAGCGCAAGCUUACAGACAUACAGAAGCGGUCCCAAGUACGCAAAUGCCUCCCUGUCGAAGUAUGGCAGCUUACAGGACGCUGCGGACCAGAGCAGCAGACGCGACAAGACCACAUGACCGAAUCGUCUGUGAUUCGACCACGAGUUUAUGGUGUGGAUCCCAUCAUAGGCAGUGAAAAACAGGUACAGCUAACAAAACAGCAUGCCGUCAAACGUGCUCGUCAAGUGCACACGCCAUUGGAAGAAGCAGCAAGUCAGGAGUCGAAGGAGGAUUACAACUAUUUACCGGAAUACCACUAUGAUGAGGACUACCCUCAGGAACACUCGUACGAGUCCCCAGAAGACAUCAGCAAUGAAGAUUUUGAAGAGGUGGACCGUCGAGAGAGGUAUUAUGUGAGUCCUAAUACAUUCGCAGAAAACGGAAGCCAGUCGAAAAUAGACGCAAAUGCGUCCCAAGCAAAAUCUACUGCUACUGAUGUGGAAGCUGAUCCCAAACUGAUGGAGGAAACUAAAUAUUUUAACUACAGUAACAUAGGCAAGGGCACCAUGGAUUCGGCAAGCCGAAACGCAAGCUUCCAUACGUUGAAUGACACAGUGGAAGGCUUUACACUUCUAAUUGAAGAUGACAGAGAGCUCGCCUCUAUCAUACUACACCGAGACUCAUUGAAUUUGACCAGUGUCGAGAAAGGACCAAAGAGUGAGCCUGGGGAAAUAGAGCGGUCGCCUACUGUCCCAACGCCAGCGGCUCCACCGGAGCUUGCCGCCAUGUCAGGCAUUCAGCAGGUGAUGCGCGAUGCAGACACCAUUCGCGGAAGUGCACAUGGUACCUCAAGCAACCGAAGAGAAGACACGGGGCACUCCAAGUUCUUCAGUUUUGCAGAGGUUCCUGCACAUGGACAGCAUCGAUUUGGCUACAGGAAAGGCAACGACCAACAUUUCACUGGAAGGCUGGAGCUGGCCAACGGCCCACAUGUCAAAUCUGUGGUUGUGUGGGCAGACAGAAAAGGAGGCCAUGGGAAACACAUUUGGGACUACAACCAUGAGGACUGAUAACAUAUCCAUGUAAUGCUUACAAAGGUCCUGCAUUAAGUGGUUAAGGUAGCAGCUAUUUUAAAGCGAGACUUGUGAAGUUUCUCUUUAAUAAAUGUGAAGCAUUUCUCAGCCAA